UAAUACGUGAAAAGCGUAAGCAGAAAUGGAGCAGGAGGGAGCAGCGCAACACUAAUGCCUCUGCUUUCCCAAUUUAACGCGCCUGUUGUUUAGACAUAACAUCAACAGUAAUACAAAAAGCUGCAGUUUGGUCAAAUUAAAAGCAUCAAAACGCUCACAAACGUGUACGUACAAUUGAACACCAACAAGGCAGCAACAGUCAUGCCACUGGCUGACUCUAAUAGAGAUCUGAGACACCUACAGCAGCAGCAACAGCAAGUGGAAGCCAACAUCAGCAGAAUUAGCAAUAGCAACGAUGCUGAGCAAGCUCGGUUGGAUAAUGCCAGUGCUGCAGCUGCAACAACGGCAACAAAUACAGCAAGGGCAGCGGCAACAACAACGAUGGGCCUGCAACUGUGGCAACGUAUGCAAAUUACCUCUUCUAGUUGCAGUAGUCUUGCGGUGACACCAAUGGAGCACACGCCCACCGAUGAGGAGAGCGGCGCCGUGACAACAGUGACGUCAUCUCAGCGUCGGCAACAACAUCAGCAACAACAACAGCAACUGCAAACAGCACUCGAACAACAUCAUAUAACACCAAGCAAAGUCUCCGAGCAGAUGGAGCUAAGCGACUCGGAAUCGUAUGGUGCAGCAAGCUAUAAUGAAUUCGAAUUGCGCGAAGUGGUAAAAGAGGGUCACGAUAAGGCGGAUCCUUCUCAAUUUGAGCUGUUGCGCGUACUUGGUGAGGGCAGCUUUGGCAAAGUGUUUUUGGUGCGCAAGAUUCUAGGAAAAGAUGCGGGCACUCUGUACGCCAUGAAGGUUUUAAAGAAGGCCACACUUAAAAUUAAGGAUCGCGUGCGCAGCACCAACGAGCGAAAAAUUCUUGCUGAUGUGGGACACGCAUUUAUCGUGCGCUUACACUAUGCAUUCCAAACACCUGGUAAAUUGUAUUUAAUACUGGAUUUUCUACGCGGAGGUGAUUUAUUUACACGACUCUCUAAGGAAGUCAUGUUCACUGAGGAAGAUGUGAAGUUCUAUCUGGCAGAGCUGGCAUUAGCGCUCAAUCAUCUGCACACUCUCGGGAUCAUCUAUCGCGACUUGAAACCAGAAAACAUUCUCCUCGAUGAACAUGGACACAUUGCUUUGACUGACUUUGGUUUGUCUAAGCAGCCGCUAGAUGGCUCUAAGACGUAUAGUUUUUGUGGCACCGUUGAAUACAUGGCUCCCGAGAUUGUAAAUCGCAAGGGUCAUGACUUUGCUGCCGACUGGUGGUCAUUCGGUGUCCUUAUGUACGAAAUGCUGACCGGGAAUCUGCCUUUUCAUGGACAGACACGCCAAGAGACGAUGAAUCAGAUAUUACGCUCCAAGUUAGGCAUGCCCGAGAAUCUGUCACCAGAAGCACAGUCGUUGCUGCGUGCGCUCUUCAAACGCAACCCGUUAAAUCGAUUGGGCGCUGGCGCGCAAGGCAUUUUAGACAUUAAAGCGCAUGGUUUUUUUUCCACCAUUGAUUGGGUACGUCUGGAACGUAAACUGGUGCGCCCUCCAUUUAUACCGGCAGUUAGUCGUGAUGAUGCCUUCUACUUUGAUGUGGAGUACACUUCCAAGUCGCCACGGGAUUCGCCAGGUGGUCCAAUAUCUGCAUCUGCACACGAAAUAUUUCGUGGCUUUAGCUUCGUGGCACCCAUCCUACUAGAGAAUAAUGCUAACAUCAGCUGCUCCAAUAAUGUUAGUCCCAUGCACGCUACUCUACCGGCCGCCUCAGUACCGUCUUUGGUGGCGACACCAGGGCCACGCAGCUUACCUGGUGUCCUACCUGGUAAUUUCUUGUCCGAAUAUAAUUUGCUGCAUGAAUUGGGACGUGGCACGUUCUCUGUGUGUCGCCUGUGCGAGCAUCGCGCUUCCAAAAAACACUACGCUGUGAAGAUCAUUGAAAAGGCGGCUGUUGCUGCAGCCUCCUCUUCUACAUCGGAUUGCUGGGAGGAGGUAGAGAUAAUGCUGCGCUACGGUAAUCAUCCGAAUAUUGUGACACUAUAUUCAGUGUACGAAGAUGCCAGCUCUGCGUAUUUAGUGAUGGAGCUGCUCAAAGGCGGCGAACUGCUCGAUCGCAUCCUGGCAGUUGAGCAAAUGUGCGAGAGUGAGGCUAGUGCAGUCUUACGUACGAUUGCCGCUGCAGUCGCUUAUUUGCACGAGCACGGAGUCGUGCACCGAGAUCUGAAACCCUCGAAUAUGAUCUACGCAAGCAUGCGACAAACGCCCGAAACGCUUAAGCUCUGUGAUUUAGGCUUCGCGAAGCAACUGCGCGCCGACAACGGCCUGCUUAUGACACCCUGCUACACAGCCAACUUUGUAGCACCGGAAGUACUGAAAAGGCAGGGAUAUGAUUUGGCUUGUGACAUUUGGUCGUUGGGCGUGCUGCUUUAUAUAAUGCUAUCGGGGCGGACACCAUUUGCUAGCACGUCCAAUGACUCUCCGGAUGUAAUACUGAAGCGAAUUGGAUCAGGACAUAUUGAUUUUAGCAGCACUCGAUGGUCACUAAUUAGUGCCCCAGCUAAAGAUCUGUUGCGUCAGAUGCUGCACAUUGUGCCUGAGAAUCGGCCAACGGUGGCACAGAUCAUUGAACACAGUUGGGUGCGGGACCAAUUUGCUGGCAAUGUAAAGCUUACAGAAUAUUCACAAAAUGCAACCAUCGGUAACUGCGCUGCACGGCAAUUGUCAUUGGGGGCACAACAACAGCAGCAUAACCACAUUUCAAUGGCGCUUCGAGGUGCUGUGGAUGCAACUUUUCGUGCUAUUGCCAUUCCGCAAGCAGCGAACGUGGGUCCUGUUGAGCUCUCGAUGUUGGCUAAACGACGAGCCAAAGAUCGCGCAAACCUUCAUUCCUAAUUAUUGGCAGUUCUGUGCUCGAGACGACAGGCCAAGAGGUAUGCCGCCACCAAUCCUCACCAGGAGCAGCAAAAUCAGAGACAGCAUCACAAUAAUAAUUGCCAUUUGAGAUGGUGUCGCUACCCCAGCACCAAGGUGCGUCUAGUUUAGGAUUUAGCACACUAUAACGGACAAUGAUAAUGAGGCAGUGUCCUCUCACUUACUCAUAACUUUGUUAUAUCCCCCUCUCUCCACUAAUUUGUAUUUUACUUCCUUAUCUUCCA